AGUAAAGCCAGCAGCCUGCAAUGGGGUUGCUACUGCUGCGGCUAACCAAACAGCUCAUGCUUCUCUGAAGACUUGCAGCAAGGCUUGCUGAGGCUCACAGAAGAUAGCCCCAGGCAGUGUUUUGGAGUGGUUUUGAAUGUGAUUCUGAGAUCAGACUGACUGAGCUGGAAUCCUGGCUUUAUAUCUUACCAGCUACACAACCUUGGAGUCUUAGAAAUUUUUUCUUUUCAAUAAGCAGUCAUCCUUACUUUCCCUCAAGAUGACAAACAGUUCGUUCUUCUGCCCAGUUUAUAAAGAUCUGGAGCCAUUCACGUAUUUUUUUUAUUUAGUUUUCCUUGUUGGAAUUAUUGGAAGUUGUUUUGCAACCUGGGCUUUUAUACAGAAGAAUACGAAUCACAGGUGUGUGAGCAUCUACUUAAUUAAUUUGCUUACAGCCGAUUUCCUGCUUACUCUGGCAUUACCAGUGAAAAUUGUUGUUGACUUGGGUGUGGCACCUUGGAAGCUGAAGAUAUUCCACUGCCAAGUAACAGCCUGCCUCAUCUAUAUCAAUAUGUAUUUAUCAAUUAUCUUCUUAGCAUUUGUCAGCAUUGACCGCUGUCUUCAGCUGACACACAGCUGCAAGAUCUACCGAAUACAAGAACCCGGAUUUGCCAAAAUGAUAUCAACCGUUGUGUGGCUAAUGGUCCUUCUUAUAAUGGUGCCAAAUAUGAUGAUUCCCAUCAAAGACAUCAAGGAAAAGUCAAAUGUGGGUUGUAUGGAGUUUAAAAAGGAAUUUGGAAGAAAUUGGCAUUUGCUGACAAAUUUCAUAUGUGUAGCAAUAUUUUUAAAUUUCUCAGCCAUCAUUUUAAUAUCCAAUUGCCUUGUAAUUCGACAGCUCUACAGAAACAAAGAUAAUGAAAAUUACCCAAAUGUGAAAAAGGCUCUCAUCAACAUACUUUUAGUGACCACGGGCUACAUCAUAUGCUUUGUUCCUUACCACAUUGUCCGAAUCCCGUAUACCCUCAGCCAGACAGAAGUCAUAACUGAUUGCUCAACCAGGAUUUCACUCUUCAAAGCCAAAGAGGCUACACUGCUCCUGGCUGUGUCAAACCUGUGCUUUGAUCCUAUCCUGUACUAUCACCUCUCAAAAGCAUUCCGCUCAAAGGUCACUGAGACUUUUGCCUCACCUAAAGAGACCAAGGCUCAGAAAGAAAAAUUAAGAUGUGAAAAUAAUGCAUAAAAGACAGGAUUUUUUGUGCUACCAAUUCUGACCUUACUGGACCAUAAAGUUAAUUAUAGCUUUGAAAGAGAAAAAAAAAAAAAAAAAAAACUCAGUACGAAAAAAUACAGUUAGCUAGCAAAUAUGGACAGGUUUACUUAGAAAUCCUGUUUCUAAAUGCAAGUCAAGCUUUAUUGUUAGGCUUGCUGCUACUCAUUAACCCAAAUAUUUGUACAAAAAACUAAACAGUCUCAUUGAACGAAUGUAAAAUCCUGCAAUAUCCUUGAAAUCCAAAAGAGGUCCAUGACAUAGACCCAAAGGUAUUCAUGAGUUAUUCAUUUAAAUGCCUGGAACUGACUUCUUGAUAAAAAUAUAAAAAAUAAUUUCCAUGUAAAUUACCAGAAAGCCCACCAGCAACAUAAUUUUAAAGCCUUUCAGAUUACUUUUAAAAAAUGCAGCUUACAUAAAACAACUUGUGCCUAUUUUAUUUCUAAUCCAUCACUUCAAAAGAUGGUAAUCUUUCAACUCAUUACUCCUCCAAUUUUUAAUGUCGAAUUUUUUUCUAACACAAUAACGAAAAGCUUUUAUUUAUAAAAAGGCUUGAAAAAUAUAGACAAUCUUUAAUGUAUUAUUUGUAAUUAUAUUCUAUCUGUAGGUUAUAAUAAAGGCUUCCUGAUGUUAGUAAUAAUACAUUUAGUGACUUCUCAUUUCUAUUUUGAAGUAACAUGAAACACAGAGGCCCUGUAACAUUUCAGAGGGAGUUGUUAAGUUAUACUAACUACUGAAACUAGUGUUUUGGAACUAGAAAAUCACAUCGAUAGCACAUCAAUGGUAAAACAGCACCAGUCAGAUGGUCUUUAUAAAACAGAUACACUGACUUCGCAUAGCAAGGCCGUGUUAGGAAUGUAGCACAGGCUGAGCUACUCAGUGCCACCCAGGUCCAGAAAGAUGAGCCUGACUCCACGUAGGGCCCCAGUUUAAAGUACAGGUGACUCCAGCCGGGCGUGGUGGCUCACACACUUUGGGAGGCUGAGGUGGGCGGAUCUCAGGUCAAGGGUUAGAGAUUAGCCUGGCCCACAUGGUGAAACCCCCUCUCUACUAAAAAUACAAAAUUUAGCCUGCUGUGAUAGUGCACGCCUGUAAUCUCAGCGACUUGGGAGGCUGAGGCAGGAGAAUCAUUUGAACCUGGGAGGCAGAGGUUGCAGUGAGCUGAGACUGCGCCACUGCACUCCGGCCUGGGCAAAAAGAGCGAGACUCUGUCUCAAAUAAAUAAGUAAAUAAAUAAAUAACAAUAAAGUAUAAGCUGACUCCAGCUCUCAGAGUCACAACUCUGAUCAAAUUCUCUCCACUGCUGGUGAUGCAGAAAGAAUACACAGCAUUAAAUACAAGACUUAUUAGGAAAAAGAAUAUUGGAAAAAUUUAGAUAAGCAUACAUGAUGACUUUGUGAUUUUUAUUUCAUUAGUAAGAUAAGCCCAUAUAAAAACCGCUGGUAAAUCCAUUUGCAUUAGCUGCAAUGAUUAAGAAAUGGUGUUCCUGGAAGCUAGGAAAACAAGUUUGAUUCCAAACUCAUUUUUGCAUUUCACAAAUUAUUUUCUAAAGCUUGAAAAUCCUAUCUACAAUUCCAUAAAAAUAUUCUGACUCUGCAGUGAAUAAUAAAUGAGAAAAUGCAUGAAGUGCCUAUUACAAAACAUACAACAAGAUAAUGCUAUACAAUUCUAGCUAGCUAAUGGUAAUGACAGAAACUCCAGCAGCCUUACACAUCUGACACAGUGUAAAUGACUUACCUCAGUUGCAGGCUGUAGAAUGCCUAUCCACUAGAACCUGUGUUUGCUGGUAGUCUAGGAAACAUGGUUCACUAAUGGGCAGAUCAAGUAUUAUUCACAGAAUAGCACCAUGAAACUAUUUUUCUGAAUCUUUGGUCAAGCCCCCUUUAGUCCUCUUCUCUUUGGUCUUCAUUUAGUAGGGCCCCAUAUGACAGAUGCGGAGAUGGAAAACACUUUUCUUAACCAUAUUUUUAUAGUUUCCUCACAUGCAGUGAGAAGCUAGUCAGAUUUUCUCUUUUUAUUAAGGGAAAAA